AUGUCGACCAUCCCCAAGUCCGAAGAAGAAUGGAGAGCGGUGCUUUCGCCCCAGCAGUUCAAAGUUUUGAGAAAGCAGGGUACCGAGGCCCCAUACACUGGCGAGUACACCUCAACGCCAGCCACCGAAACUGGCCAUUAUGCUUGUGCUGGGUGCAACCAGCCAUUGUACAAGUCACUGACCAAGUUCAUUGCCCACUGUGGUUGGCCUGCGUUCUAUCAGGCCCUUCCUGGGGCAAUCACAAUCAACCGUGAGACCUCAUUCGGUAUGGUUCGUGAGGAAAUGAGGUGCUCCAAUUGCGAUGGCCACUUGGGGCACAUUUUCAGAGGCGAAGGGUACAAGAAUCCUACCGAUGAAAGACACUGUGUGAACAGCGUAUCGAUUAAAUUUGACAAAGAGGAUCCAUAG